GGCGGGGCUUGCCAGGCCAGCCGUCCUUUUGUGGGCGGGGCGAGGCGUGUUGGACCCUGUGAGCGUGAAGACUAGGGUCGCUCUGAGGCGAAGCCAUGAGCAGCAUUUGGCGGCUCCUCCGCUUAGUCAGGCUCCCAGCGAAGGAGUACGUGGGCAGCGACCCCGCCGGGAACAAAUAUUACCGGAUCCCGCAGCACGAAACCUGGGCAGGGCAAAUUGUUAAAGAGAGAAGAUACGUGGAAGCUGUAGGUGUUGAGGAAUACGAGUAUGAAGUAGGGGACAUUCCAGCAGAAUGGGAAGCUUGGAUUAGGAAAAAAAGAAACGACCCACCUACAAUUGAGGAAAUUUUUAAGAAGGAGAAGUAUAAAGAAGAAAUAAAAAGGAAGAUUGAAGACAUUUGUGAAAAGGACAGGAUCCAGAAAGCCAAAGAAUAUGAAGAAGGACUUGUGUCAGAACCACGCCAAACUCAGAUUAAAGGUCAUGCAUCCGCCCCUCACUAUGGAAAGAAUGAGCCCUCAGAAGAGCCAGUCAGUACAGCAAAUAUAUAUCAGCCUGGAUCUUGGAUGCCUCCCAAGAACAGUGCCCAUAAUAAAUAAGCAGUUAGAUAGAAAUAUUUGGAGAUAAAUAAUUAUGUUAAUAGGAAAUGAGCUAAAAAAAACUGUUUUGUUUACUAUUAUAUUGUAUUACGUGCCUAAUACAUAUAUACAUUUUUGCAUUACAUGUGGAAAUGUUUGAGUAAAUGGAGGAAAGACUCUGAUAAUUAAGAUGUAAUGAGUUGUUAAAUGUUCAUGUUCUGUAAUUCAUUGAUAAUUGCUGUAAAGUGUUGGUGUAAUCCUGGUGAUCAGGCCUGGAGAACCUCUCACUUCCAGGUGUUUUGAACUAGUUUCCAUAAUCUUUUACCAUUAAACAUAGUGUCUGCGGCUAGGGUUGCCAUAACCCUCCUGCUGGCGGGACAUUCCCGGUUUUUCACCACUAGGGGGCGUCCCUGCAUGGUUUCCUCCUUGACUCCCGGCCCCCGCAGUGUUGCCAAUCUGGUGACUUUCAC